ACACACACACACACACACACACGGACAUGCGAUUUACACUCUCAGUUCUGUAUGGGCUUGUUUCCCCUUCUGAGAGGAGGGGAGAAUAAGAGGGGUGAGCCUCGGCGACUGUAUAAUAACGACCGAAGCGUGCUGGUAAAACGUAACUUUCGUGGCCAGUGUAUACGCUGGACUUCCUGAACUUUUGACUGGUCGCCUGCAUCAGGUAACACCUCUAAUAAGUAUUUCACUUGGCACCCGGCGUCUCUCCUCCGCGUGGGUUUGAACAGCACAAGUGUUCGGCUUCGGCUGCUGAAUGUAGGCCAAAGGGCAUGAACAAAAGCGCUAUAACUGAUUUCAUGGAGAUGCAGUAUGAUCCAGAUUUGCAGUUUAAACUGGCUUAUCCGGAUUCAGAAAAAGAUGACACGGGCCUCAAAAUCCGAGUGAGGGGCCAGUGGUCCAGUAAAGUGGAGUUUAUCUUAGCUGUUGCUGGCCAGAUCAUUGGUUUGGGAAAUGUAUGGAGGUUUCCAUAUUUGUGUUACAAGAAUGGAGGAGGAGUGUUUUUCAUUCCAUAUUUGGUCUUUCUCUUUGCCUGUGGCAUUCCUCUUUUUCUUAUGGAGACUUCUCUGGGUCAGUACACCAGCCAAGGGUCUGUCACCUGCUGGAGGAAGAUCUGCCCACUAUUUGAAGGUCUGGGUUAUGGGAGUCAGGUGGUCAUCUUCUAUUCCAGUGUCUACUACAUCGUCAUUUUAGCCUGGGCUUUCUUCUAUCUCUUCUCUUCUUUUAGUAGUGAACUACCAUGGGCUACCUGCAAGAACUGGUGGAAUUCAGAAAACUGUGUUGAGUUUGAUCGAAUGGGAAACCUGAGCUUAUUGGAGAACGCAUCAUCACCUGUUAAAGAAUUUUGGGAGAGGCGAGUAUUGAAUAUAACUGGAAGUGUGAAUGAGCUGGGCAGUGUGAGAUGGGAGCUGGCUUUGUGUCUCCUGUUGGCCUGGAUCAUCUGCUACUUCUGUGUAUGGAAGGGAGUGAAGUCCACAGGCAAGGUUGUAUAUUUUACUGCUACAUUUCCGUAUGCUAUGCUACUCGUGCUUCUGAUUCGAGGUCUUACGUUGCCUGGAGCCAUUGAUGGCAUCUCCUUCUACCUCUACCCAAAUCCAACACGCCUUGCAGACCCACAGGUGUGGAUGGAUGCCGGAACACAAAUAUUUUACUCCUAUGCUCUUUGCAUUGGGUGCCUUACAGCUUUGGGAAGCUACAAUAAGUACAACAACAACUGCUACAAAGACUGUAUUUAUCUGUGCCUGCUGAACAGUGGAACCAGCUUUGUGGCUGGCUUUGCCAUCUUUUCUGUUUUAGGCUUCAUGGCCUUGGAACAGGGGGUUGAUAUCUCAAUGGUGGCAGAGUCAGGCCCUGGUUUGGCUUUCAUUGCAUAUCCACGAGCUGUAGCAAUGAUGCCUAUGCCUCAGCUGUGGUCCAUAUGUUUCUUCAUCAUGAUUAUUCUUCUGGGCCUCGACAGUGAGUUUGUGGGUUUGGAGGCUCUCAUGACAGCCAUAACAGACAUGAACCCCACUUUCUUUCUCCAAGGACACCGUCGUAAACUCUUCCUCCUCAUCAUCUGUACAAGCUGCUUCUUCAUUGGCCUCCUGAUGGUAACAGAGGGUGGCCUGUAUAUCUUCCAGUUAUUUGAUUACUAUUCCUGCAGUGGAAUGACCCUCCUGCUAUUUGCCAUUGCACAGUCAAUAUGUAUUGGCUGGUUUUAUGGUGCUGAUCGUCUAUAUGAAAACAUUGCAGACAUGAUCGGUUAUCGUCCUUUGACGCUAAUGAAAUACUGUUGGAAGUAUGUCACUCCUGUUGUGUGUAUAGGUACAUUUAUCUUCUCUUUGGUCAAAUUCACUCCUUUAAAGUUUAAUAACACAUUUGAAUACCCCUGGUGGGGCUAUGCUGUUGGUUGGUGGUUCACUCUCUCUUCAACAUUGUUGGUUCCUUUAUGGAUGAUCUAUGUUAUCCUGAUCACUCCUGGUACACUGAAAGAGAGACUACGUGUCCUUUGCACUCCAGCAAGUGAUCUACCUUUGACAUCAGAAAGACAAAAAGAGACCCUAUGACCGCAACCAAUAAUGCCUUUAAAGACCUCAUGAGAUUUCAAGAAGGCAACAAAAAACUGUACACAACUGUGUUUAUUAAGUUAUUGAAUAUUACUAUCUACGUUUCUCAGUGGCAAGCAUCUAAAAGUUGAUUGCUUUAAACUGGAAAUGGAAAAUAUAAGCAUAACUUCCGCGUAUAGCUGAGGGAAACUCAGUUUGACGUCAUCUUUAAGUGUGAUAGCGCCACCAGCUUUGCUGUAUCUUAAACAGUCAGAAGAUAUCAGUUCUUCUGAUAGAAGAAAAAAAUAAUUUAUUGCCAUAAGGGACCAGCCCUAUUGUGGAUAGACCAAUGUUCAGUACAGUUGGUAUAUGAGAUUAGUGCUGCUCACUAUGACAGACUUGUUGUAAAAGGAGUCAUAUCAAUCAAAUGUCACAUUGUAAUAGAAUUUUAGAAUAGUCAAAUUUCUCACGUUUUUGUAGGUCAAUCAAGCGCUUGUGUUUUAAGAAAGUAUUAAGAAAGUAAAUUAUGUUGGGGGUAAUUGUUGUACAUUCAAUAUUUUGCUACUUAAAUCUGCUUGGACGUUCAGUCUGUUUAUAUUUUUAGUGAAAUGCAUAAUUUAAGAGAAUGUCUGUAGGUCAUUUUUAUAACUGAUGCUCUAGAAAGGCCAGUGAUUAAUAAUGUUUUAAUAAAUGCUUUGUUCAGAUCAACAGUUAAA